AUGAGCCGCCAAUUUAGUUCUCAGUCUGCGUUUAGCUCAAGGAGCAGGCGGGCCUGUAGUGCUGGCUCUUCAGCCUCUGGUGGCGGGAAUCGGGCUCUGGGAUCUCUGUAUCAGGCUCGAGGGAGUUGUGGUGGUGGUGGCUAUGGGGGCUAUGGAAGAAGGUUUUCUUCUAGAAGCCUCUACAAUCUGGCUGGCACUAGAGGCGUCGCCUUUAACCUAGUGGGGAGAAGUACCAGUGGUUUUUGCCAAGGUGGGGGUGCAGGGGGAGGGCUUGGAGGGGGCAGAAGCUUUGGGGGAGGUAGCUAUGGAGGAGGUAGUUUUGGUGGUUCUGGGUUUAGGGGUAGCAGUUUUGGGCUUGGGGGCUUUGGUCCUUCUUGUCCUCCGGGGGGCAUUCAUGAGGUAACCAUUAACCAGAGCCUCCUACAGCCACUUCACCUGGAAGUGGACCCCGAGAUUCAGAAAGUCAAGACCAAAGAGCGGGAGCAGAUCAAGGUUCUCAACAACAAGUUUGCCUCCUUCAUUGAUAAGGUACGAUUCCUGGAGCAACAGAAUCAGGUGUUGCAAACGAAAUGGGAGCUACUGCAGCAGGUGAAGACCUCAACUUCGAGCAACAACUUGGAGCCCAUUUUUGAGAACUACAUCAGCAACCUGCAGAGGGAAGUGGACUUUCUCAAUGCAGAGCGGAAUCGCCAGAACAUGGAGGCCAAGAACUUGCAGGAUGCCGUGGAAGACUACAAGAACAAGUAUGAGGAGGAAAUCAAUCGGAGGACCAACGCUGAGAAUGACUUUGUCGUCCUGAAGAAGGAUGUGGACUCUGCUUUUGCGGACAAAGUGGACCUGCAGCAUAAAAUGGAAGCUCUCUUUAAGGACACUGAGUUCCUGAAGUAUUUAUAUGAGACCGAGCUGUCCCAGAUGCAGACCCACAUCAGUGACACCAACGUCAUCCUGUCCAUGGACAACAGCCGCUUUUUGGACCUGGACAGCAUCAUUGAAGCGGUGCAGAUGCAGUAUGAAUUGAUUGCACAGAAGAGCAAGGAUGAGGCUGAGAAUCUGUACCAAACCAAGUACCAGGAGCUCCAGAUCACAGCUGGGAGACAUGGAGAUGACCUGAAGAACAGCAAGAUGGAGAUUUCUGAGCUCAACCGAAACAUCCAGAGGCUGCAGGCAGAAAUUGGCAACGUCAAGAAGCAGAUUGAGCAGAUGCACUCAGUUAUUUCGGAUGCUGAGGAGAGAGGAGAGCGGGCCCUCCAGGAUGCCAAGCAGAAGCUGCAGGAUAUGGAGGAGGCCCUUCAGCAAUCCAAGGAGGAUCUGGCCAGGCUGCUGCGAGACUACCAGGAACUGCUGGGAGCCAAACUGUCCCUGGAUGUGGAGAUCGCCACCUAUCGCAAGCUGCUGGAGGGAGAGGAGAGCAGGAUGUCAGGAGAUGUGCAAAGUCAAGUGAGCAUCUCUGUGCAGACCAGCCAGGUGACAGUCAGCGGCGGCGGCGGUGGCGGUGGCGGAGGCAGCAGUGGCCGCAGCUCUGGAGGCUAUGGCGGAGGCAGCGGCAGCGGCGGUGGCAGCGGCGGCGGCAGCGGCGGCGGGGGCAGUUAUGGCCGGGGAUCUCGAGGGGCCAGUGGAGGUGGAUUCAAGACCAGCAGCAGCACGAGCUAUGGCGGAAACAGCAACAAGUAUGGGGGGAGGAGCGGCGGCGGCUCCUCCCGCGUGCAGAUCAUCCAAACUUCUACCAACACUUCCCGCAAGCGCAUCGUGGAGUAG